UGGUGGCCACGAGGAGCGUGGCAUGACGCGCUAGUCUACUGGCGCGGGUCCCCUAUGGGUGGGUCCUGAGCUCUACGACGGUCGUGAUCUGCACUACGACCUAGAGCACCAUGUGACUUCCCGCCUUCACGCGAGGAGAGAGACUACGGUUCGCGGCUACGGCGCAACGACGAGUGAGACCGUUUUUAGUUUCCUGAGCUCGGACGCCCAGGCUUUGGUGAGGGCGAGCUCACUGUUUCCGGUGGUCGAGACCUUCUGGGAGAUACUGCGGCUUAACAUCUCCCUGUCCUUUCUGCGGUCGUUCAUGAGGUGGUGGUGGGAUACCACCAACACCUUCCAUUUUCCUUGGGGUGAGAUGACGAUCACUCCCGAGGACUACACGGCUUUGACGGGCUUGACCUUUACAGGGAACCCCGUUCAUCUGAGGUCGGAUGGCCCACCGCCGACUGUUUCUGAGGGCACCAGGCUCCUGGGCUCGUGGAUGGGCAUGAGAUUGCCUUCGUACCAGCCCCGUGGGAUACCUUUCGCUGACCUGAUGUGGGCCUUAGAGCAUGGGGUAGAGGAGUCGUCUUCGAGACAAGCUCGGCUGUUCUACCUCCAUUUUAUUAUUUCCCGUUUUCUAUCGGGUCCGACUGACACCUUUGACCCGAGGUGGAUAGGCAUGGUGGAGGACGUGUCUACACUGGGUGACUAUCGCUGGGGCGAUUUGGGCUAUGCGACGCUCGUCGGCCAGAUUAGUUUGGCGGUGCGCGACUCGGACCCGAGUAGACGUCACUUUGUCAUUACAUUAGCGGGAGUGCCGCGUUUGAUCGAGCUGUGGGCCUUUGAGCACUUACCUUGGCUGGCUCCCCGAAAGGGGCAGAGGCCUUUGGAGUACCCUGCCGGUCGUCGUUGGGGUUGGAAGAAGAAGCUGACAGUGCGUCCACCGCCCGAUACCGUGUGGGAUCUCAUUCGGGACGGGAACCCUGAGCAUGUGGUUUGGACCCCAUGGCUCUCUUUUAGGGGUACUUAUGCCUCGGUCAGGGAUAGUUAUGCCCUGAGCCAGAUGCGAGUUUUGUUCGUUGGCCGCCGGGACCCUGUCUGGUACCUGGGAGAGCGGGUACGUAUGCAGACGGUUGGGGCAUUUUUGGUGCCUAGGCCUCCGCCCGCGACCAUGCUGUCUACUCGUUCGAUAGGCGAGUCGUGGAGGGUCCACUCGAGGACUGGCGUGCCGGCGACGGAGUUGGUGAUAGAGGGAGCUAGCUAUUAUCAGUUUAUCCAGGAUUCUCUUCGUCUCCCGGAGCCUGGCGCUGAGUGUCCUGACCCUUCGUUGGGGGGAUGGGUGCUUCCCGAUGCUCGGAUCUCGUAUACCGGAGAGAGUGGAUCCAAGAUUGUGGAGACUUUCCCGGAAGAACGGGUUUUCCAUGCUCCACUCCCUGAGGGAGUACAGGCGGUAUGCACCUUUUAUUUGUGCACUCUUCUUAUAUCUUUUUUUUUCUUUUGUUACUAACAUUCCUGUUUCAUGUUCCGGCCCGUACGGCCAACGCGAUGGUGGGGGUGAUCAACCGGUUGAAGUCCGCGUUGGUUCGGGCCCGAUCCGCACUUUCUUGCAGGAGCCCCCACUCUACUCGGACGGGUGCUGGACGAGCCGGGGCCGACGACGCGGGUCCCUCGGGCGGUGGACACGGUCGUGAGAGAGAGAGAGGGCACGACACUCGCCCCUACGGCAUCGCCGUUCCGACGCGGGGGUGAGUUCUUCCGGGGAGAGGUCCGAGCUGGAGCGUAGGCGACGUUCCGAUGUUGGUGGCCCGAGAGCCUAGCCCCGAGUUGCAGUCACAGCCUCAUUUUUGGGGUGAUUCUGGCUGGGGGCCCUCAUACCACGGGGAGUGGAGUGGAUGGACCAGCGAGGCUUGGAGACAUGGAGCCGAUGACGAGUCUUAGGCUUACCUCCUGUUUUGUAUAUAUUCAUUCUUGUAUUCCGCAUGUAUAUAUAUUUUUUUUGCGAUUUUUUGGUGCAAGAAUGUUUUGAGCCUUCCGUGGGCUUUGCUUUAACAUAUUAUAGUAAUAUUAGCUUUCUAA